AUAACUGCGGACAGCUUACAUUUAUGCAAGGCUCUGUGAAACUGCAAUUUGUGCAAAAAGGUCCGUUUAAACGUCAUCAGAUAGAAUUUGUAAUAUUUCGGCGGCGAAUUGGCCGCGCGCAUGCGCUGUGAACGCAACGAACCACGUGACACAAAAGCCGGAAAAACAGGACUAGCAUAAACAGAACAAAAUCCCGUGAGUUCAAACUACAAGCAACACGUUCGGUUCUGUCCUGACGGUAUGUAAGUGACAGUAGAAGCGCCAGCAUGAGCAGCAGGAAACUACACACCGCAACAAGAGAAAAGCUCAGGAAGUUCAACUCGCUGCGCGGUCGAGAAGUUUCACCGGGUGAGUUUUGGGAUGUCGUGGCCGUGACCGCCGUGGACGGGAGCCAGAAAGAAGCGUAUGAGCUCCAGAUCGCGGAGAAGGUUGAGAGGAAGGAGCUUCCGGUCGGAGCUCAGUACCAGGUCUUCUCAGAUCCGCCAGGGCGCAAAAUAGGAAAUGGAGGCUCCACUCUGUAUGCUCUUCAGCAGCUGAAUGACAUCUAUGGAAAAGCUCUGAGCCACAUGAGAGUCAUCCUGAUCCACGCAGGUGGCUUCAGCCAGCGAAUGCCCAGUGCCAGCGCUCUGGGAAAGAUCUUCAUGCCUUUACCACUGGGGAACCCCAUCUACCAGAUGCUGGAGCUCAAACUGGCCAUGUAUGUGGAUUUCCCGUCACAAAUGAAGCCCGGCGUCUUGGUGACCUGUGCAGAUGACAUCGAGCUCUACAGCAUACCAGAGGAGGAGAGAGUCAGUUUUGAUAAACCAGGCUUCACAGCUUUAGCCCAUCCCUCCCCACUGUCUGUGGGAACCACCCAUGGCGUGUUUGUGUUGGAGCCGCGUGAACAUUCCUGGUAUCCGGAAAUGGAGAAUGCCUCCUGUCUGUGUUUUCUGCACAAGCCAAGCAUAGAUGAGAUGCGGGAUAGCGGAGCUGUUUGCACGAAUCAAAAUGGCCUGUUUUCUAUGUCUGACAGUGAGUUUGUCUACACAGACAGCACCUAUUACAUGGACUUUAAGACCGCCAAGUCACUCCUGAACCUGCUGAAUGAGUUGGGUCCGUUGAACUGUGAGAUCGACGCCUACGGGGACUUUCUUCAAGCUCUGGGGUCAAAAGCCACAAUAGAGUACACCAAAAACACGGCCAAUGUCACCAAAGAGGAGAGUAGCCUUGUUGAAAUCCGACAAAAGAUCUUCCAUCUACUUAAAGGGAUGCCCCUCAAUGUCAUUCUCCUCAACAACUCUAAGUUUUAUCACAUCGGGACCACCUCAGAGUACCUCUUCCACCUGACGGAGGACGAGGCGUUCAGGGGCGAGCUUGAUCUCCUGUCAUCUGCCUUCAGCGUAAAUGCCAAUGAAAACUUCUCUGGUUGCUGCAUCAUGCACAGUGUCCUUGAUCCCAGUUGCUCUGUGGAGGCUGGGUCAGUGGUGGAGUACUCCAGGCUGGAAACAGGGGUGUCCGUGGGCGGGGGGUCCAUCAUCAGCAGCUGCUGGGUCAGUCCAGGCCUCUCUGUGCCAGCUGGGGCUUUCAUGCACACAUUAUGUGUCACCCACCAGAAACAAAUCGGGUUUGUUACUGUCUUCUUUGGUAUUAAGGACAACUUAAAGCAAAGUGUGCCUUCUCCAGCAUAUUUGGAGCAACUAGAGUUUUUUGGACUUAACCUUGCAAAGUGCCUGUCCCACUGGGGGAUGGAGAACGAGCACCUCGAGUUCUCAGGAGACGCAUCGAGCUGCAGUUUGUGGAACGCUUGCUUGUUUCCUGUUUGCUCCGAGCAGCAGAGCUCCUUCUCCGCGUCUCUCAGAAUGCUGCAGGCCGUCCUGAGCGGCUCCACAAGCCCCCCUCCCAGAGACACCGCUCUGAUGUCGAUGCAGGACUGUUUACAGUGCAAGAACCUGGAGGAAAUGCUAAAGCUCAAGAGGAGGCUACAUCAUGACAUCCGACAGGGGAAACUCAGCAUUUAAACAACCGUUGUCACCGAUAUUGAAUUCAUUUAUAAUGUUUCACUUUGUUGGUGAAAGUGAAUGUUUUGACAUUUUGUAACUUUGUUUGCUUUAAAAGCAACAAUUUUCAUAAAACCACUUUAAGUGAAUCUUGCUUUGCUUCAUACUUCGAUGUUUGGAUUUGCAUUCAUUAAAUUGGAACAAUUCACAAUUGGAAUUGUGACAAACAAAUUUGGUUGAGGAUGUUUUUGCCUUGCCAUCAUGAAUUUUAAUGGUCAUAACACAUUGCUAUAAUUGCACUACCUGGUGCUGCUGCAACAUAUACCAACACAUUUGAAAUGUUCUGUUAAUUCUUCCCCCUUUUUGAAAGGCCAUAAUUGCUGUGAUUAUCAAAUGGCACAGAAAGGGAUAUAUAUAUUUUAAAUUGUCAUAAUAAACCCCCACUAGUUGCUCCAUUACACUGCAGUUACAUCUGUCAGUCCAUGUUACCCUGUGAGCAUUACAGUAGAAGCAAGUCAUAAUGCUGUUAGAAAUUCAAACCUAUAAUAAGAAUGAAUAAAAUCUUAAUUUUUCUG